AUGUUCGCCCAAACACUUAUCCAGACAACCCUCCUCGCCGCAGUGGCAACGGCAGCCAGUCUUCCCGUCAGACAAACCACAACCACCUUCCGCCUCGCCGCAAACGUAACUAACUUCGACCUCACGCCCUCCAUCCAGGGCCAAGAGCUCACCUACAUCUCAACAGCAGACUGCACAGCCAACAUCGUCUUCGGACCAGCCGGCCAGGGCGCCGAGUUCUACGCCACUGGAAACACGGUCAACGUCGCCCACCUCUCGGGUGAUGACUCUUCCCCUUCGGCCGGGUUGAUCGUCACACCCGGCGGAACGGCGACGGUGCCAAGCUUGAACACCGUCCAGCUGCAGUGCGGGGCUGGAACGUCUGGCGUCGGAGUCGUCGAUGGCAGUCUGCAGUUUGAGGACGGAUUCUGGAUGGCAUGUCCUAGAAACGACAGCGUUGUGCUGAGCUUCAAGAAGGCUGGGCAGAGGACACUUCUUGGGUGUGCUGAUGUUCAGCUUCUCAGCAUCUAG